AUGGCUACCAGAAGACGUAUUAUGAAGGAGCUGGACGACAUGGCCAAAGAUACUUCUUCGGGAAUGCAUGCAACUCCCCUGGAUCCGUCGGACAUGACGCAUCUGCAGGGUCGCUUUAAAGGACCCCCGGGAACGCCUUAUGAAGGCGGCGAGUUCGUAAUUGAUAUCAAAUUGCCCGAUAAUUAUCCCUUUAUGCCGCCAAAGAUGAAGUUCGAAACUAAAGUCUGGCAUCCGAAUGUCAGCAGCCAGACUGGCGCGAUCUGCCUGGAUACUCUCUCGCAAAAAUGGUCGCCGGAUGCCGAGGUUGCGCAGAUGAUGUUGGCAACACCGCAGGUCUUUAAGGCUCGUGCUAGGGAAUGGGCAGUGCGGUAUGCGGGUGCCCCGCGAGACUUGCAAUCAUCAGGGUCAACAGGGGGUAUGAGUGGACCUACGCCAGCGCAACAACGGGCGAUCGAAUAUGGCGGCUACGACCAAAACACGGUGGACGGAUUCGCCAACAUGGGAUUCCCCGUGGCGUUGGUUGUCAGGGCACUGGGUUCGGUGGGUGCGAGGAAGAAGGGCCCAUUGAGUGAAGAAGAGGCGGCGAGAGUGGUGGAGAUUUUACUGAGCUAG